AUCGCUUUUUCUCACUCUCAGACACACUGCAUGCUGCUCAGCAAGCCUGUUGUGUAGAUUAGGAUUUAGGAACAUUUUUCUAACUUAAUCUAAUAUAACGCUUGCAGAUUUGUUGAACAGCAUACUGCAGUGGCAGCUACACUCAUGGGUGACAGAAGGGGUCAUACAUCUCUACUCUUGAGGACACAUGUAAGGUACUGAAGCCACUCAGAACCUUUACUGAUUCCCUGGCUGCAGAGACCUGUAUCACAAUCUCCUCCCAGAGGCCUGUACUUCAGCAUCUGACUGAAUCCAUCUUGGCAGAAGAGGAUGAUGACAGCAGCCUGGUGAGGAGCAUGAAAUGUGCCAUCUGCAAGGACUUACAAGAGCGGUAUGAAGAUUCGGAUAUGGCUACAGAAGUCUUCUGCCAGAGUUGAAUUUGAAGACGAGGGGACCAGUGUCUCUAGCCCUGAGGCAUCAAUGGGCUUGCCUGGUAUUCUCAAAAUGAUAACAAUGAGAAAACAGCAGGAGAAGGAACAAUCAGCAGACAUGAUGAAACAAACAGCAGUCCUAGAAGUUUCUACAUACACAUCCAUGCCCACCAUUCCUGUAGGUAAAGACCCACUGCAAUGGUGGAAAGCUAAUGAGGAGGAGUUUCCAAUGUUGGCAAAACUGGCACGGAAGGUCCUUUGUAUUCCUGCCAACAGUGUUGCAUCAGAAAGACUUUUCAGUUCUUCGGGGAACAUUCAGACAGUGUUCCGCUUCAGCUUGAAAUCUAAUAAACUAAACAUGCUCGUCUUCCUUCAUAUAAAUUUGUCAUAGACAGAGAAUGUGAAAAAUGGAAAGAGGAAAAAAUUAUGUAAGGACUUGGUCAGUGGACAUUAAAUCACAGUAUCAGAGUGGUUAGUUGUCAUCCUGUGGUCUCACAUACAAACUCUCUGUCCCCUGCUCCCUGCAAAUGAUUUUGUUUCAGUUGACAUUGUAUUGAUGGCAGAUGUUAGGCCUUGUGGAUCUUUUGUUUAUCAGUUCAUCUGGUUGCCAUUAAGUGUAACUGUU